ACUAUACAAGAGGAGAGCCUUGUCACCUGGAUGAAUAAUACAGUUACGGGGACUAGUUGGCUGUGUUACAAAAUAAACAUCUGGUGCACUGCUGCCGACAUCGUACCAGCUAAUAUAGAAAUCGUCUAUAUUUGUAGCUUUUCUUCAGUCUACCGAUUAACCCACCCGCAAGCUCACGCUCUGUGGUGCUACGAGUUCAAUGGUCAACGCGACGCACAGUGCUCGCGCAGCCCAGAACAUCCCACAUACUCGCGCGACAUCAACAACAAUGAACCGUGGUGUGUUUUGGUAGGAGAUCUCUGAUUGGAGCUAGACGUUCCGAAAGCUUAGACGCUGCAUUCAUGUCUUAUUUCUUUUUUUGAAUUGGCGACUUUUAUUUUCAGGCAAGAGUUGGUCGUCUGCUGUUAUAUUUUUUUUAAUUUUUAAUUUCGAAAAUGUGCGAGGCGCUGUUGGCCAGCUCACACAGUCUGUGCAUGUGUGUCCCUGCUGCUCUUCUGCUGGGCUACGGCUACUAACCUAGCUGCUUUUCACUCGGUGGGUAGCUAACGUUAGCCUGGCCGCGUUUAUUAACUUGAAGGGGGAAAACACAAGCGAAUGUAAAGCGUGUUUAUGCGAUCUGUUUUAUGACAGGAUCCUUUAACUAUUUUCUAGUCGUUGCUGUCGGGUACGGUUAGAAGUGUUGUAUGAUUUGUCGUAGAAAAUACUUUGCUGGCUAGCUAACAGGCUAGCUAUUUGUGUGUAUUCUUCGACUGAGGAAAACGGCGAGUUUUCUUUGAAAGUAUGGAUGACCAGACCAGGAUGCUGACGGGUCUCACCGGACUCGGUGGACUAGCACAAGCCGAUGUCGGUGACCCAGACUCGGUCAGAAAACAGCAGUCCCUCGGUCAACCUCAGCAAGACAUAGGGGAUAUCCUACAGCAAAUAAUGGCCAUCACCGACGAAAGCCUGGACGAAGCACAGGCCAGAUGCUGGCCAGAGGAAUCGCCGGCGCAUUGGGGUGGAUCAGACGACCCCACAGAGGGAGGGAGAGCAGGGGGGGGCAUGGCAGGGGGUGGCCUGCCACUCAACUUCCAGCACAGGAAGCAUGCCCUGAACUGUCACAGAAUGAAGCCAGCCCUCUUCAGCGUUCUCUGUGAGAUCAAAGAGAAGACGGUGCUGAGUAUACGAGGUGUGCAAGAGGAGGACCCCCCAGAUCCCCAGAUCAUGCGGUUGGACAACAUGCUCCUAGCAGAGGGUGUGUCAGGACCAGAGAAGGGCGGAGGAUCGGCUGCAGCGGCUGCAGCUGCAGCAGCAGCAGGGGGCUCACCUACUGACAGCAGCAUCGAACACUCCGACUACAGAGCCAAGCUCGCCCAGAUUCGCCAGAUCUAUCAUUCUGAGCUGGAGAAGUAUGAGCAGGCCUGCAGUGAGUUCACCAACCAUGUAAUGAACCUGCUGAGAGAGCAGUCUCGCACACGGCCCAUCUCUCCCAAGGAGAUUGAGCGCAUGGUGGCCAUCAUCCACCGCAAGUUCAGCUCCAUUCAGAUGCAGCUCAAACAGAGCACCUGUGAGGCUGUUAUGAUUCUGCGCUCACGCUUCCUUGACGCCAGACGUAAGAGGCGCAACUUCAACAAGCAAGCUACCGAGGUGCUGAACGAGUAUUUCUACUCCCACCUGUCUAACCCUUACCCUAGCGAGGAAGCCAAGGAGGAACUGGCCAAAAAGUGUGGGAUCACUGUGUCUCAGGUCUCUAAUUGGUUUGGCAACAAGAGAAUACGCUACAAGAAGAACAUUGGUAAGUUCCAGGAGGAAGCGAACCUCUACGCAGUCAAAACAGCGGUGGAUGCUGCCAACGUGUCUGCGCAGGCUAGCCAGGCAAACUCUCCGGCAACGCCCAACUCAGCUGGGUCACCGGGGUCAUACAGUUUGUCUCACACAGGCGACGCCUACCUCGCCCUGCGUUCGCUCAACGGGGAGGGUCUCAGCAUCGCCCCCUCUCUACAGCCGCAGGUGGAUACCCUGCACCGUGCUACACACCUGACGGGCGGCUAUGAGGAGCUGUCGGGUAGUGGCCUCUACACCCCUCAUCGCCUGGAUGCUAACAGCUGGCAGGACACCACCAACCCCCCCUCGGUCACCUCUCCUCCCGGUCCUCCUGGCAGCGUCCACUCUGACACCUCCAACUGAUUCGGUGGCUCUCCCUGCCAUCACUUCAUUCCCACCGCGGUCUGCUCUGACUACCAUCCUCUGUCUUCAUUUUUCACUACUCCCUCGCCUCCCAACUAGACAGCCAAACAAGGCUGUGUUCGCAUUUCAUAAACACACACUGUGCUGGAACACAGGACAGCCGAACAGUAGUUAGGAGGGAUUCCCCCUCCACCCCACAGCUCCACUUCAAUGCUAGAAGCUCCUUAACUCUGAAUAAAAGAGGGAUGGCGCUUACUGAUGCUGAUCUGAUGACAGAUAGAAAACAUCUUUACUAUCAAGGACUUUUUGAAAACCACUGACCCAGCUGUGUAGAUGAUCAUGAUGUCUGUACAUUCUGUGUAUAUGCACGUUAACGUCACACAGUACUCACACAGCUUGUCCAUGUGCUGUUGACCUCUGCACUCUACCCUUUGCUUUGGAAAACUGUGUGUGAUUGCCUGUAUCUCUUGAAGCCUUGGCAUUUGACAGCCAAACUGUUGAUACGGAUCACCAGGGAGCUCUGCUCACCUUGCUCGUACCAAAGUGCUGCCCCAGUAGUUGUCAACACAUCUGUUCCUCCGAGAUCACCCUCUGCCAACUCAACACAAGACACUGUUACAUCUUCCAGUCCUUAUAGCUUGAUGUUUCAUUCUGUUGGAGAUUUAAACAAAGUGAAUAAUUGAGAUAUGCACAAAUUGUGCAUACACCCCCCCUUCCAUAACACACACCUCACAAAUUUUCAGUCGUUUUCAUAGUAAGCUGACAUAAAAGAUGUGUCAAGCACAAAAGUUAGCAUCCUUGUUAUGGGUGUCUCUACCUGUAAAAGGGUAGUUAAGGGGAUCACUGUUCUAAACCAGGCAGGACGGGUGAUAACAGGGCUGGUGAGAAGAGGAGGAAGGGGCAGAAAGAGGAGAAUAUCUUUGGUUGAGUGGAUGUAACUAAUAGCCCUUUUUGUUGCUAACCAAUAGAGGGUGUUGGUAGAUGGCUUGUAGACUUUACUUCUUGCUUUCUGUCCACUAGUUUAUUUGAUUGUAGGCUAUUUUCUAAUGCUGUUUCACCAAGAAUGCACCAGCCACCACCAAAAAUGAGCUCAAUAAAGCAUCUAAAUGACGUUAGGAGAAGGGUGGAAAGACUGUGGGGCAUUGAUGUGUUAUUGGGACAAACGUGACAUGAAUUUAGAAACGUGACUGUCUUCCAUGCAUGUAGGACUUCUAGGCGUGAUAUUAUUGUUUUCAUUUAACCUUCCAAGUUUUUAGCUUCGUUUUUAUUAACAAAAAAAACAAAGGGUAUAAUUAUUACAGUCAGACCAAAAAGGAAAAAGUGCAUCAUGUAUUGCUCUGAUGUGUGUGUCUCUGUGUGGGCGUGUGUACAGUGUUCUUGGGAUGUCUUAGUCAAACUGGCUGGUGCCCUCUGACCUUUGUAAGCAUUAUAGAGACUGGGUGCUUCCACCAGCCAAUGACACACCAGGUGGGGUUCAACUGAGAUCUCCUCCCCAUCCUGAAACAUUUAAGCUUGUGAGCCCGAGGCAACACACUACAACCUUCUGUUGUACCAAAACCAAAAAUACCACGUUCAGCAAUGUAAUAAUGCUACUCUGUGUCUCUCUAAAGUUGGUGCACAGCCACCUUUUCAGUUCAAGGAGAGGAGGGAAUUAUAUUUGUAUCUGUGUCUCUCUGUGUGGUGUUGUCAUGCCUCAAGUUGAUUUGAUUUUUGUUUUUUUUUGUUGUUGUGGGGCGUCAUGGGAGGGUCGGUGGAGUGAGGACUGUCAUAUCACACCUGUAAUUUGAUUGUGAGCAUAGGAGGUAUGCUUUCCCCUUAACCCAUCUUUUAAUACAUUCUGGUUAAAAAAAACAAAACAACUAUUUUGUUUUCAGUUCCAUGGCCAAUUGGGCAAGGGCUUCUCUCUCUCUGUUACCAAAAAAGAGGCAGCGCUGGGUGUCGUAAAACUCUUAACUCGUUUUGGGGAUUUUCAUUCUUUGGAACUAUUUUAUACAUUAACUGUUAUGUGAAUAACAAAGCAUUUUGAUAGUAAGGUAAAGCCUUAUGAGGAUUUAAGUGUCAGUCAAGACUUUGUUAAACCAUGUUACAGAACAAAACUUGAGCUUAUAAGAUGGUCACAUGUGAUAUCCCACAUCUAAUAAUGACUUGUUUUUGUUACUCAUCGCAGUUCAUACGACUGUAUCUUAUGAAUAACGUUAUCGCCACACCAAAUUAUCAUGCCCCCCCUUUUCUACCUGUUGUAAUGGAUGUCACUGUACAGUUUGUGUAAUGUUUCAGUAUUUUUUUUCUUUUAUAAACUUUGAUGUUUGGUUGAGAUGCCAGUUUUAUUUGGCCUUUGUGUCACAGGAUUCACAAUAACUCUGUAUCAAUUUUGAAUAUUAUUUAGGUCUUUUUGUUACAUAACCAGGUGGCAAUGUUGGGUUUACAGGUGGAACAUUUGGUGCUGUGGAAAGACCCCCUUUCAACAUCAGAUUGCCCUCAUUUUCUAUCUUUUUUAAUGUUUAAAAGGUCCAGUGUGUAGGAUUUUGAGACUCUAUUGGCAGAAAUGAAAUAUAAUAUUCUUAACUGUACAUUAUUGUAUAAUCCCCUGAAAUGUCAUGUUUUUACGUUACCCUAAGGAUGCAGUAGGCUCUACUACACACUUGUAAAAGAAGGGGCGAGUGAAGGGAUAUUCAGUUGAACCUCACAGCUGGAUGCAACUAAAUCCUACACACUUGACCUUUAAUAAUUACAUAAACGGUUCUUAAUUCAAGCUGUAUAUUUGCAUACAACUAAGGGAAGUCAAAGGUGGAGUCUGUGAUUCUGGAGAAGCUCUGACAAAUACACCCUUCCCAUCAGUGCUCCUUAAGAAUGUAAGCAUGUGCCAGAUUUACAGUCCCUCUCGCCCACACUGCCUUUCUUUUACUACAUUCAUGGUCCUUUAAACAAGCCUGGACAGAAUGAUGUUGUGUGGCUCAGUCUGAGACACUUUGUUUUGUAUUUACAAAGCCAGGGCUGUUUAUGAACACCAUUGUUUUCCCCAGCACACUAGGAACAGACAGAAAGCAGACUGUGAGGAGAUACUCGCUGAAUUUUACAAAAAGUUCAAUGUGUUAGAAUCGCAGACUCCACCUUUUAGAUACUGCAUUUUUUUUUUGAGAAAUUUGACUACUAAACUGCAACUUAAUUUUUUUUUUAAAUCACGUGACCGCCUGAAAAACUGAUCGAGACAGCCCUUUAUGUCGAAGCAGAUGGUCUACAUUCUGCAUUUAAGUCAACUUGCCUCAAAUUAGUUCAGAAAGUAUUCAUGCCUAAACACUUGGAUGUCAAUAUCAACAUUGAAUGGUUCCCUGACCUUUUGCAACAGAUUUGCAAAUGUAAAAUACAUACCUUAAUUUUGGGCUUUGCUGUUCAGUGUUUAAAUCUUGAAUUCUGCAAGUGAGAAAAUGACUUCCACAGCACCAAAUGGCUUCCUAAACCUUUAUGAUUUCUUUGUUUUUAUUAGUAUAUUUGUAUCUCCCCUCUUUCCCUUGUAUUUACCCCUCUCUCUACCUCUGUCUUUCCAUUUCUCUUGUAUAUAACCCCCACUGUUUUCAGACUUGUGAGUCUGUAUGAACUCCUUUUAUACCUCAACUUUAGAAUUGUUCUAGAAAGAGUAAAACAAAAAGGAAGAAUAUGACAAAUUGUAGUGUUCUUAUUAGAAAAUUAAUAAAAUGAUUUAGUGUGAUUUUUCAGUAUUUGAUUUCAGAUUUUAGGAGUGUUUCAUUUUAUAAUUUGUCACAAAUGCUCUUGUGAUAGUCAAAUGUAAUAAAAGGAGAGAUUGCACCAUC